AUGCAGGGUGUCAGAUGGAUCCAGGUCGCCGUUUUGCUGGUGGCGGCGGCGGCAGUUUCUGCCUCAGCCAAGGGUGAGCAGGAGGAGGUGGACCUCACUCUUGACCGCCUUCAAGGACCGGGUGAGGCCGACCUAAUAGCAGAGGAAAGCCAACAGGUGUCCGUUGUAGCCGCGACAGAUCUCCAGCCUUCUGCUACAGGUUACGGAGGUGGAAAAGGUCACAAGGCCGACAAGGGAUAUAAGGGCUCGUACCAUGACAAGGCCGGCUAUAAGGGUCACAAGGGACAUAAAGCCAACAAAGGCUACAAAGGUAGCCACUACGGCGACCAUGGAAAGGCCCAAUACAAGGGAUACAAGGGCAACGACGGCAAGAAGUACAAGGGGCAUCACGACAAGCACAAGUAUUACGGUGAUUCUCACAAAGGCAAAAAGGGCAAGAAAGGUCACCACUACGGAUCCAAGGGUCACCACAACAAAGGUCACAAAGACAAAGGCUUCAAGAACGUCCACCACAAGGAGGAGUACCACCACAACAAGAAGUUCUACGACGACAGCGACAAGAAGAAGUACCACAGCAAAUACGACGACUUCGACGCCUACUUCAAGGGCCACAAGGGCAAGGACUACAAGGGAGGCCACUACAAGGGAGGAGAUCACCACGACAAGCACGGCCACAAGGGGCACCACGAGAAGGGCAAGUACCACGAUGACCACAAGGGCCACAAGGGCCACUACGGCGACAAAGGCCACUACGGACACAAGAGUUCCUACGGCAAGAAGGGAGGAGACAAGGGUUCCUAUGGUCACGACGACCACAAAGGAUAUGGCCACGACGAUCACGGCCACGGCGAUGGAUAUGGCAACGACGACCACGGCCACGGCGGUGGAUAUGGCCACGACGACCACGGCCACGGCGGCGGUUAUGGCCACGACGACCACGGCCACGGCGGCGGAUAUGGCCACGACGACCACGGCCACGGCGGCGGUUAUGGCCACGACGACCACGGUCAUGGCGGCGGUUAUGGCCACGACGACCACGGCCAUGGCGGCGGUUAUGGCCACGACGACCACGGCCAUGGCGGCGGUUAUGGCCACGACGACCACGGCCACGGCGGCGGAUAUAGCCACGACGACCACGGCCACGGCGGAGGAUAUGGCCACGACGACCACGGCCAUGGCGGCGGAUAUGGCCACGACGACCACGGCCAUGGCGGUGGUUAUGGCCACAACGACCACGGCGGCUACGGCUCGCACUCCAUCGCCAAGCCAGUCAUCCUCAAACUAUGA